AUGAGAUUCGGUUUGAAAGCCGCUGGGCUUGUGUGGCUUGCCGCCUCGCUCUGCGGGUCGACUGGUGGUGGUGCUCUGGCUCAGGAAGUUGAAUGGCCGAUUCAUGAUAACGGCCUGAAUGAGGUUGUCCAAUGGGAUCACCACAGCUACAUUGUAAACGGGGAAAGACUUUUUGUUUUCUCUGGUGAAUUCCAUUACUGGCGUAUCCCAGUUCCGGAGUUAUGGCGAGACCUUCUUGAGAAGAUCAAGGCAGCUGGCUUCAAUGCCUUCUCCAUCUACAACCAUUGGGGUUACCACAACCCCACACCCGGUGUCUUGGACUUUGACACGGGCGCUCACAACUUCACCUCCAUCAUGACUGUUGCCAAGGAGGUGGGCAUCUACCUGAUCAUCCGUCCUGGCCCCUAUGUCAACGCCGAAGUCAACGCUGGAGGUUUCCCCCUUUGGCUUACCACUGGCGAGUACGGCUCUCUGAGGAACGACGAUGAGAGAUACACCAAGGCGUGGACCCCUUACUGGGCGGAGAUCUCCAAGGUUAUUGAGCCGCAUCUGGUCACCAACGGCGGAAACGUCGUCAUGUUCCAGAUCGAGAACGAGCUCAACGGCCAGUGGAGGAAUAUCCCCAACAGGGUCCUCAACCCGCCCAUCGCCAACUAUAUGCAGCUUCUCCAGGACAGCGCGCGGGAGAACGGCAUUGACGUGCCUUUGUCUCACAACGCUCCCAACAUGCGCGGCUACUCCUGGUCCAAGGAUUUCUCCAACGCGACUGGAAAUGUCGACGUUGUCGGUGUCGACAGCUACCCUUCUUGCUGGAGUUGCAACUUGAGCGAGUGCACGGGAACCAAUGGAAACUAUGUCCCCUACUUGACCCAGAACUACUUUGACUAUUUCACAGUUCAGUCCCCGUCCCAGCCGAACUUCAUGCCCGAGUUCCAGGGAGGCUCGUACAACCCUUGGGGAGGACCCGAAGGUGGCUGCCCUGCUGAUAUCGGAGCCGACUUUGCCAACAUCUUUUACCGCGACUUGAUUUACCAGCGAGUCACCGCCAUCUCUCUUUACAUGAUGUACGGCGGUACCAACUGGGGAUGGCUCGCUUGCCCUGUCGUUGCCUCCAGCUACGACUACUCGUCGCCAGUCUCCGAGAACAGAAUCAUCGGCAGCAAGUUUUACGAGACGAAGCUUCUCACUCUCUUCACCAGAGUGGCCAAGGAUUUGACAAAAACGGAGAGACUCGGAAACGGUACAUCCUACUCGACCAACUCUGCCAUCACCGUCUCUGAGCUCCGCAACGUGGACAACGACGCCGCCUUCUACGUCGCCCGCCACUCCUACUCACCGUCCAACACCAACGAAGCCUUCAAGUUGUCGGUCAAGACAUCCGAAGGUUCUUUCACCAUCCCCCAGCACGGGAGCUCCAUCGCCAUCAACGGCCACCAGGCCAAGAUCAUUGUCACCGACUUCUCCUUCGGCGAGAAGAAGCUGCUGUACUCGACCGCAGAGGUCCUCAGCUACAUCGUUGCCGACGGCAACGAGGUCAUUGCCCUGUGGCUUCCCGAGGGCGAGGCCGGUGAGUUUACUGUAACCGGCACCACGACCGCCGAGCUGGAUGGAGAGGGCAAUGUCGGCGACUUCAAGACGUUUGCGGGCGAGAGCAACGUUACGGUUGCCUACACCCAGAAGAAGGGUCUCACCGUUGUCAACCUCGGAGAUGGUUCUCGUGUGGUCUUGCUUGACCGUAGCGCGGCGUAUCUCUUCUGGGUCCCUACUCUCGACAACGACGUCUUUGCUCCUGCUAACAAGACCGUUUUCGUCCAGGGCCCUUACCUGGUUCGCUCCGCAGCCUUUGACGAGAAGACUCGCCGUUUGGCCCUCAGUGGUGAUGCCGACAAGGAGACUACCAUCACCGUCUUCGCCUCCGAGUCCCUUUGCGGUAUCACCUGGAACGGCGAAAAGCUUGAAAUCACCUCGAGAGACGGCAACCUCUUCACGGCCAAGAUUGGCGGCCCCGCCGGGUUCAGCCUCCCUGCUCUCGGCCCGUGGAAGGUCCAUGACAGCUUGCCUGAGAUUGCCACCGACUACGAGCCCACUUCCGACUCCUGGGUUGUUGCCGACAAGGCCAACACCUCCAACUCCGUCAAGCCUGCCUCGAACAACCCUGUCCUCUAUGUUGACGAGUACGACAUCCACGUCGGAAACCACAUCUACCGCGCCACCUUCCCGACCACCGAGAACCCUCCCACCGGCGUCUUCCUUAACCUCACUGGUGGUCUCGCCUUUGGCUACUCUGUGUGGUUGAACUCGGAGUUCAUUGGUUCUUACCUUGGCUUGUCUUACCUGGGUGCGAACGCCGGGGAGUUCUCCUUCGAGAAGGCUACUUUGGCCAAGGAGGGCGACAACAUCCUGAUCGUCAUCAUGGACAACUCUGGCCACGACCUGCGUGAGGCAGCCCUCGCUCCCCGCGGUAUCACCAACGCGACGCUCCUUGGCCCCAGUGCAUCCGAGUACAAGUUCACCGAGUGGAAGAUUGCCGGCACGGCGGGUCGCAAUGAUCUCAUCGACCCUGUCCGCGGCCCGAUCAACGAGGGUGGUCUUUACGCCGAGCGCAUCGGCGCCCACCUCCCUGGCUUCCCCGACAAGGACUGGGAGGCUCUCAGCUCGUCCAACACGACGCUUUCGGUUCCCGACUCUGGCAUCCGUAUUUUCCGUACCGUUGUGCCCCUGGACGUUCCCGCCGGUCUUGACGUUUCCAUUUCCUUCCGCUUCUCGGCUCCGGGCGACGACACGUUUGCGCCGACGCAAGAGGGCUACAGCAACCAGCUCCGUGCUCUGCUGUUUGUCAACGGUUACCAGUACGGCCGAUACAAUCCGUACAUCGGCAACCAGAUCCACUACCCCGUCCCUACCGGUAUCCUCAACUACAACGGCGACAACACCAUCGCCGUCACGGUCUGGAGUCAGUCGGCCGAGGGCGCAGAGUUGAAGGUUGAGUGGCAGGUAGACUACGUGCACACCUCCAGCUUCGACAUGACCUUCGACAGCAAGUCGCUGCGACCUGAUUGGGACGAGAGCCGUCUGCAGUAUGCUUAA